AUGACAGAUUAUAAAGAAUUCUUGGAUAUCGCAGUCAAUCAAGAGAAUAAGCCAGUUACAUAUAAGUUACUUGCUAGAUCACUAGGUAUUCAUGUUCAGAAUGCCAAACAAGCUUUGCAAGAAUAUUCAAAAUCCAAUAAUAACCUUCACGUCAUAUACUGCAUCAUGGGUCAAUCACUCAAUAAUGACAUGUGUAUUCAACUAGUAAAAGAGGAAGAUCUGGAGGAAAUCAAGAAGAAGUUUAAAAAGAUCACCAACAUGUACAUCUAUAGUAUCUCUUCCUAUUCUCUUGACAACCUUUCUAUGCUUUAUAUUGCUAAUAAAGACAUACCCAAGCUUUCUCUGGAAGAUCGUGUCAAGUGCGGUAUAUUGAAAUAUCCCGUCAAAUACAAUAAACCAGCUGCCAAAGACUUACAACCGCCUCCUCCUCCAGCAAAAACAAAUGUACCACUUAGUAAGCAACCAGUGAUAGCAACACACAGUGCAACCAAAAGAAAAGCUAUCUUUCCUCCAGAUUCUUCUGCUGCUCCUUCUUCACCUUUGAAAAAGGUAGCAAUAGAAAAGACAUCGAAAAACACUACCACAAAAGCAACAGGUAGCAGCAAAUCUAAAAAGAAUGAGAAGCAAGUAAAGACAACUCCUCCCAAGAAGACCGGAAGUGAGGAAGCUGAUUUAGAAAAACGUAUGGCAAAGACAAGUCUCAAAGUAGAAGAUAUAUUCUCAGAUGAUGAUCAAGAAGAAGAGCCACAACAACAAGAGCAAGAGCAACAACAACAACAAGAUGAAGAAGAUGUUGUUAUGUUUGAGGCAGAUGAGGAUAAUAAAGAAAAAGCAGAAGAAGAGCACGAAGAUGAAGAAGCAAUACCUGCUGAACCAGGAAAGAUAAGAAGAAAGGUGCUCAAAAAGAAGACAACAACCAAUGCUCGUGGUCUUUUAGUGACUGAAGAAGUAUGGGAAUGGGAAACAGUUGAUGCUCCACAGGAAGAAGUAACAAAAAAGAAGACACCAAAGCCAACAAAGUCAGCGAAGUCAGCACCUACAACCAAUAAACCACCUGCAUCAAAGAAGAUGGGUCAAUCCAGCCUUCUUAGUUUCUUUGGAAAGAAACCAUGA